AUGUUAUUACCUCAAGAUAAACUCACAUUAGUGAAAAGAUUAACUACGUACGAACAAUGGAGACUUAAGAGAUGGUUAUUAUGGAUCUUACUAGUCAUCCCUUUCCUCAUUUUAUUAUCCUACUUAUUUAUGAAAAGAAGAAAAAGAAGAGUAGUCGCCUUACAACAACCAAUGCCACCCCCACCUCCUCCGCAAAUGAUGAACGCUCCUCCCCCUGGAAGUGGAUACUAUUAUAAUCAACAGAUGGGUCCAAUGGAUGGUGGUGCUGGAUAUAAGAAUGAUUUACCUCCACAACCUAACCCUGGGUAUGUUCCACCAGAAUAUCCUAAUCAAUAUCAAGAACUGGGUAGUUAUGGAAAUAGUAAUGGAUAUUCUAAUCAGAAUUUCGCUCCUCCUCCUGGUGCACCUCCUCCAACUGAUGAAUAUGGUCCUCCUAGUGGUCCUCCACCUGCUCAUACCAAGAAUUAG